GGUGGACUCGUCCAUACUCCGACCCAGAGAGAAGCGCUCGGCUGAAAACCGUUGGUAUCCGGAUGGCAGUCGAAUGGAGAGGGGAAGGAUCGUCGAACGAGUCAUGGGCUCGCUACGAGUUUCCAGUGGAGUCAAGAGGAGCAGAUACAUGUAUGACUGGAGAAGAACAUCGAAUACUGCUUCGUUUCCCAUGGAAAUGAAUGGCAUCGUUUUUGCUUUGCCAUUAGAAGUUGUCAUUCAACCAGCAGCGAGCUGAGAUAGAGAGUCGCGCGGCAAAGAGAGGCUCUCCAAGGCCCGAAAGUGCUUGCCUAGUGCAAUGCAGCGUCCCACCGGUCAGCAAGGAAUGGGUGUGCGUUCGCGAAGGUACAAUUAAUUUUGUCAUGUCUUGGAGCACGACAAAAGUGAGCGCUGUUUCGGCGAGUGCCGGAGUCCUCGCCUUCAUUCUCCUGCUGAUCAUCUGGAAGUUGGUCAAGCAUUGCGGCAGGAAGCGAGAGAAACCCACUGAGUACGAUGGUGAAAAACCCGGCCAGGCUCCAAACGGUCCCCAGGGCCCCUACCGCGAUGGAUUUGAACAGCUUGCUCAUCACCGUACAGACACUACGACUACAAGCCGUGAGCCACCCCAACAAUCAAAGUCCACGUUCCGUCCGCGCCUCUCUCCAUAUCGCUUCCCAUCGCGACCCUCAAUUUUGUUGAGCGGAGGUGCACAGACUACGUACCCUGAACCCUCGUUCUCCAGCUCAAGUCAGUUCAUCAAUGGUGACUCACCGCGCCAAGAGAGCCAACCGUGCGCGCCCGACUAUCCGACGAAUAUCUCCGACGCUGGGUUCACUGACGGGAGUCCAGGAAGGCGAGUGUCUCGCACGGUUGUCAUUGAUCAAAGUGAGCGGCUUAGUGUGCAUCAAAAGCCGGAUAGGUCAAUGCUGAAUGGCCGAGCCAGCACUGGCUUUACUCCACAGUCGGCAAGCCCAGCGACACACACAGGCAUUCCUAAGCGGCAACGUUACGGCAGCAGGUUAGCUCCUCCGCGGCGUCCUCUGCGACCCGGCAGUGGAGCUGCUGCCGCUCCGAGCAAGCUGCUGACGUGCGUCGGGCGGCAAUCCGUGUCGGCGACACCGCGACGUAUCGGAACCUGUCACAGACCAGUGGACCCACCAACACAAGGACAUCGUGCAUCGUCAACUCACCGGCCAUCACGCACUGGUACGCCACGCAAACCGCCAGCGCUACUCUAUAACUGCCGGGACAGUGCAGGCUCGCUGACGAGUUUUCUCACCAGCGACGACGAAGAACCAUUCGACGACGCUACGUACACGUCCACAGGUGAUCUCCUGCUCCCCGAGAGUGAUGAAGGCACGGACGGCGGCAGCCCGAUUCACGAGCAGCCGUCAUUCCCGGAGCCCGAUGAACACAUGCUGGCUGGUAGCGGUAGUGGCGGUGGAGGCAGUGGGCAAGGCAUCCUCAACAUCCGACUGCGCUACAUGUCCGACGAUGGCAGACUAGAGGUGCUCGUACACAGUGCGAGGUGCUUGCCCGAGUGCACGCGCUCAGCCUGUGUACAAGUCAAGGUUAUGAAGAAGACCAAGGUGGCAUACAAUAGCGUCCGGCGACACAGUAGCCGUGAAACACUUCCACCUAGCCCUGCAGAUCUGGCCACUGCUUCGGCUGCCUCAGCAGCCGCUUCACAAUCGCGAUUUCCUCAACCGACCAAUCGUAGGCUGGAGAGGAAAGUCUGGCUGGCCAAGGGGAAUCUUGAGCAGGACAAUCGCAAUCCAUUGUUCAACCAACUACUGGAGUUUGAUGGCGUAGACAGAGGUGAGAUUGCAAACGGGAGGAUGAGUCUGACGGUCCUGGACAAUGCAGCACAGCAGAGAUCCGGCAGACGGGUUGGCAAGAUUUGCCUGGCACUGUCUGACCUCAAGUUGGGAGUGAAGUGGAGAAUGCUCAGCUUGAGCUUGGAUCAGAACACGACAUUCUUGGCGAAUCCGGACACACCGCGAGGCCAGCUUGUGGUCGGGCUGCAUUUCUCGGCGAACGGCUCAAAACUCCGCUGUCGAGUGCUCCGAGCGCAGGAAUUGCCGCGACCAAAGAAUAACAAGUCUUUCAGUGCUCAAGCCAGGGUGCGUUUGAUGUCCGCCAAGACCGAGGUGCGUCGCAGCAAUAGUGCGCUAGUUCACUGCGAUAAUGUGAACCAUGCUGACUUCAACCACGAGACGACGUUUGAUUUGGACGGCUUACAGCGGGACCGUCUCUACAUCGCCUGCACUGUCAAGGCUCGCGUGUCGAUUUUCAAGCACAGGAGUUAUGAAGUUGGCAAGGUGACACUUGGACCACACGCUAGCGAAGACGCUGAGAGACACCAGUGGGCCGAGGCGGAGGGAAUGAGUGAGGCAGUGCACACACAUACACUUCAUUGCUAGGCCGGACUCUUUGCUACGUGUAUGAGUGAGGCAAUAUACACACAUACACUUCAUUGCUACGCUAUGCUCUUUGCUACGCUCUUGCCUCUGGCGAUGGACAGAGAAUCUGUGGUCAGCAGCCAACACGGACCUUCCUAUCUUAAUCUGCCGGCUUUUGUUUUGUUUCCGUUGAAUGUAGGAGAAUAUCUGUUGGCUAAGCUAUAAGGUAACUGAUCUACAUUAGGCAGGUUGCUGGGUAGUGCAGCUGAUACUUGCUGUAAUGGCUCUAGGUCUAGUGGCGAUAUCAGCAUCCGUACAAAUUUAUGUCAUUAGCUCUUGCUUGCAGUAUUUCCGUGACUGCAUUUUGUCUACGCUACUGAUUGGCUAAUAAUCCACUCUCAAAUGUCACACCAAUCCAUACUGUAUUUUCUUUACGUAUAGGAUUAUUCCCUUAGGGUUGCAAUUAGUACAUGUAUCUCGAUUUCAAUCUUGGUUUCCAAAAGAAAUUGGAAUUCGUGUUUAAAAAUGAAAAAAAAUGUUAUGAACUUGGCUG